AUGGAGAACGGACAAUAUGUCGAUGGAAGUUUGUGGUUCUAUGCCCCUAACAAGGCAGCCCCAGUGGUCUGGGCCUUUCUGUUCAGUGUCUCCAUGGGCAUACAUAUCUACCAGUGCAUACACUACAAAUGUUGGAAAGUCACCGGAAUACUACCAUGGGCGGCCUUACUUUUCGUGGUUGGCUAUAUCCUCCGCGAGAUAGGCGCCUUCAACUUUGACAAUAUCAACAUAUUCAUCUCCAGCCUGGUCUUCAUCUACGCCGCACCUCCCCUCUACGAACUCGCAAACUACUUCAUCCUCUCACGAAUCCUCUACUACGUGCCGUACCACUCACCCAUCCACCCUGGCCGAGUCCUUACCACUUUCGGUGGCCUCUCUGUCGUCGUCGAAGCCCUAAACGGUAACGGUGCCGCCUACGUAGCCAACACAAGUCUCCCGCAAUCUAAACAAGACGUGGGAAAAUCGCUUCUCAAAGCCGCACUAGUCCUCCAACUGGUCAUCUUAUGUCUUUUCAUCGCGCUGGCCGUAGUGUUCCAGCGAAAAUGUGUACGCGCCGGCAUCUUCCCCAGAAACCUCAAACUCGUCCUCCUCACCCUCUACAUCUCCUCCGCUCUCAUCGGAGUCCGCACCAUCUACCGCACAGUCGAGUACUUCACCACCUCGCAGCUUAAUUUCCACGAGAAUUUGGACCCCAAUGGCCUCUCCGCCAUUCUGCGAUAUGAAUGGUUUUUCUGGAUCUUCGAGGCAGUUCUCAUGGUUCUGAAUUCAUUCUUGCUGAAUGCACGGCAUCCGAUGAGGUUCCUGCCAAGAGAUAACGCGAUAUAUCUUGCGGAGGAUGGGCACACCGAGAUCAAAGGUCCGGGAUAUCAAGAUAAGAGGAAUAUUAUCGUGACGAUUUUUGAUCCUUUUGAUUUGAUCGGUCUGGCUAGCGGAAGGAACAAGGGGGAUAAAUUUUGGGAAACUCAUGAGGAGGGGCGCACCGUGGGGCUUGAGACGGUGAAGAAGGAUGGGGAUGUGGAAAGUAGAGGCGAUUAG